UUGAACCCCGUCGAGCCUCGCAUUUGAAUCGAGCGCUAAAGUAAGAAACCAUCACACCAAUUCCCUCUCUCUCUCUCUCUCUCUCUCGGGUUCUGAAGCACCUUCAAAUUCAGGGGGUUUGUACUUUGUAGCGGUAAGAGCAGCGAGCAGACCAAAGGGGUGGGGCAGAGUUUUCCCAUCCCGACGAAACCCUAGAAAGAACGCAGCGAAAGGUUUAUAAGGGAAUUCGUUAUUCGUAAGGGAAUUCGGAAAGGGAUGGGGAGCCCGAAGGACGACUCGGCCACAGAUGGCGACAACUCUGGUGGCGACCUCCCCAACUCCGUUCCCAGCGUCUUCUCCGAAGGCGAGAGAGUACUAGCUUAUCACGGCCCUCGUAUCUACGAAGCCAAGGUUCAAAAAACUGAGUUCCGUAAGAAGGAAUGGAGAUACUUCGUGCACUAUCUUGGCUGGAAUAAAAAUUGGGAUGAAUGGGUAGGCACUGAUCGACUGAUGAAACAUACUGAUGAGAAUCUCCAAAAGCAGCGAGCCCUUGACAAAAAGCAGGGCGUGGACAAGAGUUCGAAAUCUGGGCGUUCUGCCCAAACUAAGCCAAAGGCCUCAUCUGAGGCAAAAAUGGAUAAAGAGGAUAUAAAGAACAAUGCUGUUAACACAGUAGCUAAAGGGAAGAAGCGAAAGGCCGACUCAGGCAUUGAGAAGGAUAGUGUGUCUGUGGAAAAGCUGGUGAAGAUUCAGAUGCCAUCAGUUCUUAAGAAGCAGCUAGUUGAUGAUGCGGAAUUCAUUACUCAACAGGAUAAGCUUGUUAAACUUCCACGUUCUCCAAAUGUUGAUGACAUACUGACAAAGUACCUUGAAUACAGAUCAAAGAAGGAUGGGAUGAUGACUGAUUUAAUAAAGGAAAUGUUGAAUGGAAUACGGUGUUACUUUGACAAAGGAUUGCCAGCUAUUCUCCUUUACAAACAGGAGCGGCAACAGUAUAAGGAAGCAGUUACAGAUAAUGUCUCUCCAUCAAGUAUAUAUGGUGCUGAACAUCUUCUCCGCCUCUUUGUUAAGUUGCCCGAGCUAUUGGCAUAUGCUAACAUUGAUGAAGAAACAUUGGUUGGCUUGCAGCAGAAAUUACUUGACUUUCUCAAGUUUCUGCAGAAGAAUCAGGCUACUUUCUUCCUUUCAGCUUAUGAUGGACCUGACGUUUCUGAAGGGAGUGCCAAAGGGGAAGGCAGUGGCAGCAAAGGGAAAGACAGUUGAGGCAAGGAUGCUUGCCUACUGUCAAAAGGCAAAACUAUUUCGCAGAAUUGAUUGGGACUUGCUGCUUCAUACCUAAUUCUGCUCUCUUUUUUUUUUUUGAUGAUCCGGCAGAGAGAAGAAUUUUGUUGUUGUUGUUGUAUCAUAAGUUUAGUUUUUGGUUUAAUUUUUCCCAUUCUGAUCUUUCGUAGUGCCGGGCAUAUUCAUUCAGCAUUCGAUGAAUUGUUUGGAGCUAGUCUCUGUAUUAGCCCAAUUGUCAAUAACUGUUGUAUGAAUGUUGUGUCCAAUCCGUUGGGGAAAAAUUAUAACAGCUUCUAACUGAA